GUGACCUGUACUGUGAACUCUAAGUUGACGUUGCCUGGCUUUAAUGUCCAGUCUUCUUACUCAGAAAACCAAACUGACUGCAACUGAUCUGCCAAAAAUGGACAUAUUUUACUCUGUUUUAUUGGGAGCAGGUUUGACUGCAGCUUUUUUCUUCUUUAAAUUUCCUCAUUUCCUGCAGGACUGCAGGUACAUAAUGAGUAUGCUGUGGGUCGGAUCUAAAAGGGAGAAGUUUCGGGAGAGAAACUACACACUUCUGGACAGUUUUUUGGAUCGGGUGCAGAAACAGCCUCACAAGUCGUUCAUUGUGUUUGGGGAUGAGGUGCACUCCUACCUGCAGGUGGACCAGGAGAGCAAUAAGGUGGCCAGGGCGCUGCAGGCACACAGCGGGUCCACGAUGGCGCUAAUGCUGGGAAACGAGCCAGCGAUGGUAUGGAUCCUGAUGGGUUUGUUUAAGAUCAACUGUGCUGUGUCUCUGCUCAACACCAACAUCAGAGCCAAAUCCCUCCUACACUGCUUCAACUGCUGCACAUCUUCAGUCCUCAUUGCUGGAGCAGAGUAUCGGGAGGUGGUGUGCGACGUGCUGCCGGAGCUGCAGGCGAAGCGUGUGUGUGUGUAUGUGCUGGGUGAUGAUGGCGGGGUCGAGGGUCUGCACAACCUUGCUGAAAAAAUAGAGCGACAACCAAACACACCUGUACCUCCCUCCCUCAGAGAGAACAUCAGCAUGAACAGCCCUGCGCUGUACAUCUACACUUCAGGAACCACAGGUCUUCCUAAAGCUGGCCUGGUUCUACACAGCAGGCUCAUCAACUCAUCUCUGUUCCUCUCUAUGUUGGGUGUGAAGUCGGAUGAUGUUCUUUAUAUCCCGUUACCUCUUUAUCACGCCGCAGGGUUGCAGAUCGGUCUGGCGGGAGCAAUAGAACUAGGGAUCACAGUGGUGCUGAGGAGGAAGUUCUCAACAUCCCAGUUCUGGAAGGACUGCAGGAAGCACGAUGUGACGGCGUUCCAGUAUAUCGGAGAGACCAUGCGCUACCUCUGUAACACACCCGAGACAGACAAUGACCGUCAGCAUAAAGUCAGACUGGCCAUUGGGAACGGGCUGCGGGCCGACGUGUGGCAUGAUUUCCAGCGCAGGUUUGGACCUUUGGAAAUUACAGAGUUCUAUGCUGCCUCUGACGGAAACAUAAGCUUUGUAAACUACAUUGGGAAAGUGGGCGCUGUGGGCAGGGUCAACUUCUUCCACAAGAAAGUGUUUCCAUAUGCACUGAUUCAGUUCGAUGCUGAGCGAGAGGAACCAGCCAGAAACAACAAGGGGCAUUGUGUUCCUGUUCCAACAGGUGAAACUGGUCUCCUGGUGGUGAAGAUAACGAAGGUGGCUCCGUUUGCGGGCUAUGCGGGGAAUCCGGAGCAGACAGAGAAGAAGAGGCUGCGGGACGUUUUCCAGCCGGGAGAUGUUUACUUAAACACUGGAGAUCUGCUGAAGAUCGACCACAGCAACUUCAUCUACUUCCAGGAUCGAGUGGGAGACACCUUCAGGUGGAAGGGGGAAAACGUGGCCACCACUGAAGUUGCUGAUGUCCUAGGUAUGCUGGAUUUCAUUGAAGAUGCCAACGUUUAUGGUGUGAAAAUUCCAGGUCAUGAAGGUCGGGUUGGAAUGGCAGCGGUCACUCUGAAGGAAAACCUCGAGUUCGACUGCAGAGAGGCGUUUAACCACGUCACCGGCGUCCUGCCUGUUUACGCCAGACCGAGAUUCAUCCGCGUCCUGGAGUCCAUGGAGCUCACGGGCACGUUUAAGCAGGUGAAGGUGAAGUUGGUGAAGGAGGGGUUUGACCCCAAGGUCGUUCCUCCGCCCCUCUACGUCCUGCACGAGAGCAGCCGCAGCUACGUCCCCCUCACGCAGACCUACUACAGCUCCAUUGUAGGGGGGGAGAUUCGCUUCUGAACAUGCAGCGCCACCCUGAGGGACUGACUGGUUUAACAGGUUAAACCAAAACCUGGAAACAUGCUCGCUGCUAAUGCUAGCUGCCUCUCUGAGCUGUGUAGGCCCCUCUAAUCACUGCUUUGCUGAGCAGCACGUCUCAUACCUGCUGCUCUGUGAGCUCCAUUGUUGCAGGACCAAAAUGGUCAAGCUGGUCACCAAGUUUUAUCAAGCUGGUCAUACUGGUCUACUAGCUUGGUCAAACUGAUCAUGUUGAACCCCCAACUUGGUCAAGCUGGUCAUACUAAUCCCCCAACUUGGUCAAGCUAAUCAUAUUGGUCCCCCAACUUGGUCAAACUUGUCAUGUUGGUCCACCAGCUAAACCAGUCAAAGUCAAAGGAAAACAUAUCAUAUGCUGGUCUACAAAUUUAACCAGCUUGAGCCCAACUCCAGGCUGAUUUUAGCAAGAUUUUGUUUUUUACAAAUGAUUGAUUAGAUUAUUGAUACCGAAAGUUUUUAAUGUGUUUAGCGUGGAAGCUCGUGUGGAAUGUGUGUUUAGAGUGUAAUUCUCCUGUCUGGAGGUGAAACUGUAAAAAAUUAUCCACGCUGUUUUUGCUCUGCGUGGCCGUGAGAGCUUCAAUGGUUGUGAUGAUCAGCUGUAAUUCCAAUAUUGGAAAAAUAAUUAUUCCCAUUUAUCUGUGAAUACUGUUGACCGCUGAUGUGUCCUGUAACUGUAGUGUGUUCAGUGAUGACUGAAUUUGUUUCUGAACAAUCAGACAAUCAGUUCCUGAAUCUGAAUCAUCACUGAGUUUAAUGACUGGUGUUGUGCUGCCCUCUUUCUUUCAGACCAGGUACAGCAGGACCUGCUCAGUUGUCUUGAUCAGAUCUCAGAUGAGAAUAUACACUAUAUUUCCAAAAGUAUUCACUCCCCCAUCCAGAUCACUGAAUUCAGGUGUUCCAGUCACUUCCAUGACCACAGGUGUAUAAAGCCGAGCCCCUCGGCCUGCAGACUGCUUCUACAGAC